CAGGGCUAUACCAAAUAAAUCGAACUGAACUGAACUGAUAACGGACCUCGGCUGGCUGAGAGAUGUUUCCGUGUUUGGGCUGCGUGAAUGGGUGGGGCGGUGGAGGUCAGUGGUUCGCACGCUGCGCUAUGACCCCUAUCCCCCGCCACCUGAGUUCGACUCCGGGACGCGGCGAACGUCCGUGAUGAGUCGAGUGGAAGCUGCCAGGCGAUCUGUUGAGCGAGAAUUCACGGCGAAUGCCACCGUCAAGCCUGCGACGGAACAUCGAUGACCAUCAAUCAUCAAUCUCCCACUCUCUGCAGAGCAGCAGCAGCUGAAGCGACGGGUGACUGUCAUCUGGACCAACCUGACCCCACGCUUCGCCCACGCUUCCCCCUUCACCAACCUGCAUUGGCCAGCGUUGUGAAGAAUGGUCAAACAGCGCCCUUGAGUGACGCGACGUGCUUGUGGUCUUCAUCCGCCGCUGCGACACGGCUCGCUCGGCCCCGGCUUCGUCCAAACGUGCUGCCAGUCGUCGUUCUGCACGACGAAGGUGUCCGGGGCUGGCUGUCACCAUCUCGGCACAGGUCAACUCCUGAUCGCGCGUGCCAACACCUCGAACCCCGGGCAGGUGGCAACCACGAGUCCUAUCCUCCACAGUACCGCAGUGUUUCACUUCCCCCUGCCUCAGCGCCACGUCGUUGUCAGUCGGUCUGCCUAGACUGCUGCUACACCACAGCUCGUCGGCCUUCACAUUAUUAUUAUUAUUAUUUACUCGUUGCCUUCCUCUACACUCGCCACGCAAGUCCCUUCGGGUGAUGUAUUUCACGUGUGGUUUGCGUGUUUAACGAACACCCGUGGCAGACACACACAGAGGGAAAGAGAGAGUGUCGUAGCCUAUAAACAACUUGGUCUCGCCAGUCCGGGCAUGCCUGACUGCUGAUGAGACACCGAAUGUCGAAAUGGGACCCAACGUUUGUGUUGCGUUUGAACAGUGCCGCUAAAAUUGUGCAAUUCUAAAAAAGAAGGGGGGCCGUGCGGCUGACGGGCAGUGUGUAACAUGCAUUAUGAUGAUGAUUAUUACUAAAAAUGUGGGGAGAGACAGAUGUGGCGAGGAGGCGUAUUGUCUGCUUAUGUAUUUGGCCUUCACCUCCGGCAAACAUGCCAACGUUGGACCAACUUUGGCAUGUAGAUGGAAUAAAUCCUUCAUAUAUGUUCUAUAUUUAGUGGGCAGGAACCGACAUGGCAAGGAGGCGUAUGGGCCACUUAUUUAUUUGGCAUUCACCCUCGUAAACAGUCUAACGUUGGUUCAACGUUGCUCCAACGUUGGUCCAACGUUGGAGCAACGUUUGACCGAUGUUCGACCAAACAUUCGUCCCUCAUUUCCUAGAUCUGAGUGUUGAGCUGGAGAGUCUGGGUGCUGGGCUGGAGAGUCUGGGUGUUGAACUGGAGAGUCUGGGUGUUGAACUGGAGAGUCUGGGUGUUGAACUGGAGAGUCUGGGUGUUGAACUGGAGAGUCUGGGUGUUGAACUGGAGAGUCUGGGUGUUGGGAUGGAGAGUCUGGGUGUUGAACUGGAGAGUCUGGGUGUUGAACUGGAGAGUCUGGGUGUUGAACUGGAGAGUCUGGGUGUUGAACUGGAGAGUCUGGGUGUUGAACUGGAGAGUCUGGGUGUUGAACUGGAGAGUAUGGGUGUUGAACUGGAGAGUCUGGGUGUUGAACUGGAGAGUCUGGGUGUUGAACUGGAGAGUCUGGGUGUUGAACUGGAGAGUCUGGGUGUUAGGCUGGAGAGUCUGGGUGUUGGGCUGGAGAGUCUGGGUGUUGAACUGGAGAGUUUGGGUGUUGAACUGGAGAGUCUGGGUGCUGAACUGGAGAGUCUGGGUGUUGAACUGGAGAGUCUGGGUGCUGGGUUGGAGAGUCUGGGUGUUGAACUGGAGAGUCUGGGUGCUGGGUUGGAGAGUCUGGGUGUUGAACUGGAGAGUCUGGGUGUUGAGCUGGAGAGUCUGGGUGCUGAACUGGAGAGUCUGGGUGUGGAACUGGAGAGUCUGGGUGUUGAACUGGAGAGUCUAGGUGUUGAACUGGAGAGUCUGGGUGUUGAACUGGAGAGUCUGGGUGUUGAACUGGAGAGUCUGGGUGUUGGGCUGGAGAGUCUGGGUGUUGAACUGGAGAGUCUAGGUGCUGAACUGGAGAGUCUGGGUGCUGAACUGGAGAGUCUAGGUGUUGAACUGGAGAGUCUGGGUGUUGAACUGGAAAGUCUGGGUGCUGAACUGGAGAGUCUAGGUGCUGAACUGGAGAGUCUGGGUGCUGAACUGGAGAGUCUAGGUGUUGAACUGGAGAGUCUGGGUGUUGGGCUGGAGAGUCUGGGUGUUGAACUGGAGAGUCUGGGUGUUGGGAUGGAGAGUCUGGGUGUUGAACUGGAGAGUCUGGGUGUUGGGAUGGAGAGUCUGGGUGUUGAACUGGAGAGUCUGGGUGCUGAACUGGAGAGUCUGGGUGCUGAACUGGAGAGUCUGGGUGUUGAACUGGAGAGUCUGGGUGUUGAACUGGAGAGUCUGGGUGUUGAACUGGAGAGUCUGGGUGUUGGGCUGGAGAGUCUGGGUGCUGAACUGGAGAGUCUGGGUGUUGAACUGGAGAGUCUGGGUGCUGAACUGGAGAGUCUGGGUGCUGAACUGGAGAGUCUGGGUGCUGAACUGGAGAGUCUGGGUGUUGAACUGGAGAGUCUAGGUGUUGAACUGGAGAGUCUGGGUGCUGAACUGGAGAGUCUGGGUGUUGAACUGGAGAGUCUGGGUGUUGAACUGGAGAGUCUGGGUGCUGAACUGGAGAGUCUGGGUGUUGAACUGGAGAGUCUGGGUGCUGGGCUAGAAAGUCUGGGUGUUGAACUGGAGAGUCUGGGUGCUGGGCUGGAGAGUCUAGGUGCUGAACUGGAGAGUCUAGGUGUUGAACUGGAGAGUCUGGGUGCUGAACUGGAGAGUCUAGGUGCUGAACUGGAGAGUCUGGGUGCUGAACUGGAGAGUCUAGGUAUUGAACUGGAGAGUCUGGGUGUUGGGCUGGAGAGUCUGGGUGUUGAACUGGAGAGUCUGGGUGUUGGGAUGGAGAGUCUGGGUGUUGAACUGGAGAGUCUGGGUGUUGGGAUGGAGAGUCUGGGUGUUGAACUGGAGAGUCUGGGUGCUGAACUGGAGAGUCUGGGUGCUGAACUGGAGAGUCUGGGUGUUGAACUGGAGAGUCUGGGUGUUGAACUGGAGAGUCUGGGUGUUGAACUGGAGAGUCUGGGUGUUGGGCUGGAGAGUCUGGGUGCUGAACUGGAGAGUCUGGGUGUUGAACUGGAGAGUCUGGGUGUUGAACUGGAGAGUCUAGGUGUUGAACUGGAGAGUCUGGGUGCUGAACUGGAGAGUCUGGGUGUUGAACUGGAGAGUCUGGGUGUUGAACUGGAGAGUCUGGGUGUUGGGCUGGAGAGUCUGGGUGCUGAACUGGAGAGUCUGGGUGUUGAACUGGAGAGUCUGGGUGUUGAACUGGAGAGUCUAGGUGUUGAACUGGAGAGUCUGGGUGCUGAACUGGAGAGUCUGGGUGUUGAACUGGAGAGUCUGGGUGUUGAACUGGAGAGUCUGGGUGCUGAACUGGAGAGUCUGGGUGUUGAACUGGAGAGUCUGGGUGCUGGGCUAGAAAGUCUGGGUGUUGAACUGGAGAGUCUGGGUGUUGGGAUGGAGAGUCUGGGUGUUGAACUGGAGAGUCUGGGUGUUGGGAUGGAGAGUCUGGGUGUUGAACUGGAGAGUCUGGGUGCUGAACUGGAGAGUCUGGGUGCUGAACUGGAGAGUCUGGGUGUUGAACUGGAGAGUCUGGGUGUUGAACUGGAGAGUCUGGGUGUUGAACUGGAGAGUCUGGGUGUUGGGCUGGAGAGUCUGGGUGCUGAACUGGAGAGUCUGGGUGUUGAACUGGAGAGUCUGGGUGUUGAACUGGAGAGUCUGGGUGCUGAACUGGAGAGUCUGGGUGCUGAACUGGAGAGUCUGGGUGUUGAACUGGAGAGUCUAGGUGUUGAACUGGAGAGUCUGGGUGCUGAACUGGAGAGUCUGGGUGUUGAACUGGAGAGUCUGGGUGUUGAACUGGAGAGUCUGGGUGCUGAACUGGAGAGUCUGGGUGCUGGGCUAGAAAGUCUGGGUGUUGAACUGGAGAGUCUGGGUGCUGGGCUGGAGAGUCUAGGUGCUGGGCUGCAUGCCACCCCGGUCUCCAACCAUUCAUGCAGCUCAUUAUAUUCCCGCUCUUCCAAAAAUGUCGGCUCACAGUUUCUCGCCUUUUAUCGUCGUCGCCUCAAAGGAAACCUCAUUUCGUGCGGACAUCUGUUGGUCUUCCCGUGUACUCCGCAAAGGUUGGAGAUUGGGGGCGAUGCGCGUGGCGCCUGUAAACUUCGCGGGCGGCGGCGAAGGUACCACCGCGAAUACCGCGGGGGGAGGACAUCCAAACCCAGUGUCAGGGGCGCGGCAUGAGCGUGAGAGCGAUGGAAUGAAAUGUGCGAGUGUUCGACCCGACGGAGCCACAGAGAAGCGCCAUCAAACGUUCCAGAGGUGGCCCUCAAAAGGAGGAAUUGGAGGUGCGUUUUUGGUGACGUUACAAACAGCGAGCUUGAAUGCACGGAAUUGAAGGAGCCUCGCUCCGUGUGGGACCCAGUCGGUAAAAAGGGGCAGAGAGAGGCGCGAUGGAAAUGACCGGAAGAGUCAUCAACUCUGCACAGAUUCUGUCCCCUUCAAUUAUUUAUUCGGCGGGAUUUCACGAGUCAUGCGCAUUGAUAUGGGUUCCUAUUGCCGCCGAAACUAAAUUGGCUUAAAUGCAUGACUGAACAUUUGACAUCGCUAUUCUCAGGUGCAUAUUUAAAAUUAAAAAAGAAUAUAAUUGGAAUCGCUUCGUCUUGUCGGCGUGACAGUGGUGGCGUACGCCUGUGGACUCGGAAAGCGACGCACCCACACGUUUCGUUUUGAGCCGUGUCAGGACGUACCAGGGGUCCCGUCGUAGAAUCGUAAAAAUAAAAUGUCCACAAGUCGAGUAAAGAUGCGGGGGUUCGCUCAGUCCGCUUGGCUGCCAUUGCGGCGCGGAGCGAUGCUCUCGAUUUAAAGAGGCGAGGUCCCAACGUUCCCCUUUAAACGCCCCACCCGUUUCAUCUAUUUGCGCAAGUGUUUGUUUUAGCUUGAUAAACAAAUUAAAAACGUAAAACGUGCGACAGCGAUCUAACUUUUGUUUGUGGGUGUGUGUCAAUUAGACCGGGGUAGUGAUGAAGAAGGAUAAAGAGAGUUAAUAGUUUCGAUUUAAAGCUU